AUCCCAGCGUUCACUAUUCCCUUUGCUCAGUUCCCAGUUGUCGGGCUAUAGGUAGGUCAUACCAUCACAAGCAGAGAAGCCAAAGGAUAAUCAAGGAGAAUCAUCUACAAUGUUCUCGCUGCCGUUGAAAUCCUGGAGCAUUCAGUUUCGUGAACUGAUGACCUCGCCUUUUGCCAUCAUUGCGCUGACCUUUGUGUUGGGAUACGUGGUCUAUACGAAGACCAGACGUCAGCAUGGAACCUAUGACGAUGAGGACUACGAGAUCGAAGGUCACCGCAAGUUGCCGGCUCCAUUGAAGAAUCUUCAACUCAACCGAAAACAAUUGGCCAAAUAUAAUUCGGAAAAUCCCGAUAAAACAUAUUUGGUGGCCUUGCAGGAUGUCAUCUAUGAUGUUUCGAGUGCGCCCCAUGACUUUGGACCCGGUGGUAAAUACGCGGCACUUUCGGGUACCGAAAUUAAAGGUUUUGUAAAAAAAAAGUCUAUUAUCGAGAUGCGUAACUAUUUAACUUGUUUGAGCGAGUGGCAAAUGAUGCUGGAGGACAUUUUUUAUCGAGCUGGAGAUAUAAUCGAUGGACAGGACGAUAGCAUUAAAGAAGUGGAUGAAGAUGAAAAAAAUGAUGAUGUUGAUCACACCGAUCGAAAUGUGGAGGAACUCUGUGAAGCUGGACAGGGUGAUAAUGAUGGCAAUGUCUGCGAAAAUGUGACAUCCGAUGAUGAAGCUCUCAACCGGUCCGAUUGGAACGACAUAGAUGUAACUAUGGUGGCCACUACAUAAAUAAUCCCUCUACCUUCACGCAUCGCCCUUUGAAAUCCAGCCAAAAGUGGCACUUAACCCAUCAUAAGCCUCAAUAUAUGAACUUAAGCCCUUUGCCGUAAUAACACAGACAUAAAUAAAUAUCUCUUGGAUUUUAAGUGUGUCUGCACUUGCAGCACUUACACCAAAAAAAAACCUUACUAUUACAUUGUCAAAAUUACGUAAUUUUAAUACUUCAAUUUGUAAUACUUUAAACAUAAAAUAUAUGAGGUUAUGUGGC